AUGGAGGCGAUUCAAACUCAUCCCACGAGCGCAGCGCAGGCCAAGGCCUUCACCGCGCCUGGUUCCCUCUCGUUCCCCGGCGGCGCUCACGAGCUUCCUCCCCAGGCGAACGGUGAUAAGGCUGCCGUCAACGGACAGAUUCCUGUGCCCAACGGUCAGCAACCUGCAAACGGUACCGGGGUGACACCCGCGACACCUGCUGCGACGCCGGCCGCGACACAGGGUGGAAGUGGCUUGACUCCUACGUUGCAGAACAUCGUUGCCACGGUAAACUUGGAUUGCCGCCUGGACCUCAAGACGAUUGCCCUGCACGCGAGAAACGCAGAGUACAACCCCAAGCGUUUCGCUGCCGUCAUCAUGCGUAUCCGUGAGCCCAAGACCACCGCCCUGAUCUUCGCUUCUGGCAAGAUGGUCGUCACCGGUGCUAAGUCUGAGGAUGACUCGAAGCUUGCGUCUCGCAAGUAUGCUCGUAUCAUCCAGAAGCUCGGAUUUAACGCCAAGUUCACGGACUUUAAGAUCCAGAACAUUGUCGGCUCCUGUGAUAUCAAGUUCCCCAUUCGCUUGGAGGGUCUUGCCUCGCGCCAUCACAACUUCAGUUCUUAUGAGCCCGAGCUGUUCCCUGGUCUUAUCUACCGCAUGAUCAAGCCCAAGAUUGUGCUUCUUAUCUUCGUCAGCGGCAAGAUCGUCCUCACUGGUGCCAAAGUGCGAGAGGAGAUUUACCAGGCCUUCGAGAUGAUCUAUCCCGUGCUUCAGGAUUUCCGCAAGGUCUAA